CGCCCGCCCCACCACUGGGGCCGUGUGCAAGCCGCGCAUAGACUACGGUGGCGCGCUGCCCUCGCGCAUCAUUCGACCUCCGCGCACCAGUCUCGGCAACACCGCCCUGAACUGUACACGCGUUCGGGAGUUAGACUCUCGUAGCGAAUCGACGAACAGGAUAAGUUAAGCGAGCACAAUGCCUUUCAAACCUGCAGAGAACCCGAAAUGCCCGAAGUGUGGCAAGUCCGUGUACGCGGCCGAAGAGCGCGUCGCUGGCGGAUACAAAUUCCACAAGACCUGCUUCAAAUGCGGUAUGUGCAACAAGAGCUUGGACUCCACCAACUGCGCAGAACACGAGUCUGAACUGUACUGCAAAAACUGCCACGGCCGCAAAUACGGACCCAAGGGCUACGGCUUCGGCGGUGGCGCCGGGUGCCUAUCGAUGGACGCCGGCGAUCAGUUCAAGGAGCCCGCAGAGGGCGUGAGGACCAACGGAGCGUGCCUGGAGCCGCGCGUCAUCGCUAAGGCGCCGCCCGGCGAGGGCUGCCCUCGCUGCGGCGGCUGCGUCUACGCCGCGGAGCAGAUGCUCGCUCGCGGAAAGGCGUGGCACAGGGAGUGUUUCAAAUGCGGCGACUGCGCUAAACGGCUGGACUCUGUUAACUGUUGCGAGGGCCCAGACAAAGACAUUUACUGCAAAGUAUGUUAUGGGAAGAAGUUUGGUCCUAAGGGAUAUGGGUACGGAAAGGGAGCCGGUGUUUUGCAGAGCGACUGUUUCGCCAAUGGAGGUAUUGGCCACGGGGGAAUGUCUACCCUCGGUCUCAUGUGUGAUCUAAAGGACUUGGAGUGGCAAAGCGACCAAGCACCUAAGACCACGUUGAUCGACACGACCUCGAUCAUGGCGCCGCCCGGCAAGGGCUGCCCGCGCUGCGGCGGCGUGGUGUUCGCCGCCGAGCAGGUUCUGGCCAAAGGUCGCGAGUGGCACCGCAAGUGCUUCAAGUGUCGCGACUGCACCAAGACCCUGGACUCGAUCAUCGCGUGCGACGGGCCCGACGGCGAGGUGUAUUGCAAGACAUGCUACGGCAAAAAGUGGGGACCCCACGGAUAUGGGUUCGCUUGCGGAUACGGCUUCCUUCAAACUGAUGGCCUAUCCGAGGAGGAGAUCUCCAAAAACCGCCCGUUCUACAACCCGGACACUACGUCCAUCAAGGCCCCCAAGGGCCAGGGCUGCCCUCGCUGCGGCGGCAUGGUCUUCGCGGCUGAACAACAGCUGGCUAAGGGAACGAUGUGGCACAAGAAGUGCUUCAACUGUGCAGAGUGUCACCGACCGCUGGACUCUAUGUGUGCAUGUGAUGGGCCUGACAAGGAGAUCCACUGCCGCUCUUGCUACGCUAAGCUCUUCGGGCCCAAGGGAUUCGGUUACGGCCACACCCCCACCCUCGUUUCGUGCGACGCCGAGCCAACCGUCACUUACAAUGAACAGGUCCCCUUCACCGGACAAAAGGCAGCUAAAGGCCAGGGUUGCCCGCGCUGUGGCUUCCCCGUGUAUGCGGCAGAGCAGAUGCACUCCAAGAAUGGCACAUGGCACCGACGGUGCUUCAUAUGUGCAGAUUGCCACAGAUCUCUUGAUUCCACCAAUUUGAAUGACGGCCCCAACGGCGAGAUUUACUGCCGCGGUUGCUACGGUCGCAACUAUGGACCCAAAGGUGUAGGUUUCGGAAUGGGCGCAGGCACAUUAACCAUGGCUUAGUUGAACUAUAGAGCUGGACUUUAUAGGAUCAUUUAAUAGUGCGAAUGGUAGCAUGAAAGGAAUCUAAUCUAUUGCCUAGUGCUACCCUCGAUCAUACCUUUCAUUAAACUGGCUUUAAUAAUGGUUGAUCUAUCCGAUGAGACUAAUUAAGUGAAUAAUGAUAUAUUUUUAAACGGAUUAUUAAGAGCAUAUAUUUUAUGAUAGAAAGGUAUAAAUUAAAGGUUACAUUCCUUUCAUAUUAUGUACAAAUUAAGUGUGUGAUGAAUGUGUCUGGGCCCUUAGUUUAUAAAUUUUUCAUAAAAUAUUGUAACUCUUUUAUUUAGUAAGACGCAUAGAUCUAAUGUAGUUGUAAGUAAGAAUAAAAUAUGGAUGAUUAAAAAAAAAAAGCAAAAAAAAAGGAACAA